AUGUCGUAUGCGGACCGAAACGGCGGUUCGCCGUACGGCUAUCGCUCGUACACGUCGCCGCCGUCCGAGGCGGGCUCAUUCGAAUCGUCGGGCCGAUCGAAUGUCCCACCGCCGACCGCGCCACGACCGCUCUACACACCCGUCCAGGCGGUGCAUAAUCAGGUGAGGAAAAGUUUUGUUCGACUUUGUAUUAAAUUUGGCGUGCAAUACUUUUACAGUGGGAGACCUGAUCCAGUGGCCAAAAACGUACCAUUUCGCAUCGGGGAAGUAUCAAAAAAGUGGCAAAAUGCUUCCCUCCCCAAGUGAAAGAACUUUGUUUUGAAGGGCGCGCCCUUUCCCUCACAAACAGAGCGGGCGCCGUUUCGAAAUCUCAGUUUUUUCACUUGGAGAGGGAGGUAUUUUGCCACAUUUUUUGAUACUUCCUGGAUGCAAAAUGGUACGCUUUUUGCCACUGGAUCAGGUCACUGUAUAUGCGCCUCAAAUUUUCGGGUAUAACGACAGUUUGGGUCAACACAAAAUCGAUCGAUACGGGGCGUAUAGGUCCGGUGGAUACCCAAACAAAGGUUGUAGGAAGUGCCUACGAGGCCUGACAAAGCCGUAGGAUGGUCGGCAGACGCUCGACGGAGACUUGGCAAAGACUCGCAAAAUGUCCAUUUUUUUUAAUUUUAGCUAUUACUAAAGUUAAUUUUCUUUACCUUGAACGUAUAAAAGACUAAAAUUUGCUGCAAAAAACGAAUAUCCGUAAUUUUUAUCUAGAUAUUGUUGAUUUGAGUAUAUGUAAAAUACCUCAAAAAAGGUGUUAAGCUGUCCUAGGACCCGAUCAAUCUUACCAUUUCUACUAACUAAGCCUUCUCCUAGCCUCUCUCAUGCAUACAACGACGAACCGACGGGAUCCAUAGUAUCGUUGACCCGAACUGUCACUGACCCGAAAAUUCGUAGCGCCCUUUUAUACAUCGUACUCAAAACCAUGUAACAUAAUAUUUCAGUUCGAUUAUCGGCAAUCCCCGCGAAAUGAAGGGACAAGUUACUAUCAGAGCAGCAGAAUCGCCUCUCCCCCGCCACCGCGGAGAGAGUACACAGCACAGUCGGCCAAUGUAAUCGAAGACGAUUAUAUUCAAGACGAGACUGUUGAUUUCGAACAAAAUCGAAUUCAAACCUUGAAGAAUGAGCGAAUCAAUAUUCAGAAGAAGACGUUUACCAAAUGGGUCAAUUCGUACUUGGAAAAAGUGAGUUUUGGGCACCUUUGAGUCAAGUGUUUCUCUCGAGUCAAGUUUUUUUACUCAGAGACUUUUUUGCUAGGCAGUUCUUUACAGUAAUUAUACGUAACAUACAAAGUUUUUGACGGCUUAUACUUUCAGGCUGGCCUCAAAAUUGACGAUCUAUUCACCGAUUUUGGUGAUGGGAUAUUGUUCAUGAAAUUCCUCGAAAUUAUCAGUGGAGAACGGCUGGGCAAGCCGAAUCGCGGACGGAUGCGUGUUCAGAAGGUCGAAAAUUUGAAUAUCUGCUUGGAUUUCUUGAAAAGGAAACGAAUCCAGGUGAGAAAUUGGCAAUUUUAACAAUUUGUUACCGAAAUUUAAGUGAAGAUGGGUUUAUCUUUGCAUUUCAGCUCGAAAACAUUGGAGCUGUCGAUAUUUUGGACCGAAAUGAAGACCUGAUCCUUGGUUUGAUCUGGACAAUUAUUCUUCGAUUUACCAUUGAAAACAUUGAGAUCGAAUCCAAGGAGAGUGGAGAGAAGAAGCACGCCAAAGAAGCGUUGUUGUUGUGGGUGCAACGCAAAGUGGCCGAGUAUCCCAACGUCAAAGUCGACAAUUUCACGACCAGCUGGAGGAAUGGAAUGGCCUUCAACGCUCUUAUUCACGCUCAUCGGUGGGUUUUGCGCAGUUAUAUUAGACUAGGUAUCAAGUAAAAGAUUUGGCAGAAAGUUGUCUGAAAAAUGAUGACAAUUGAAGAUUAAUGCUUUGGAAGGGCUGAAAACAGCACUUAAAGGUAUUCUGGAGCGCUUACUGUCCCAAUACAUUUUUUUUACCACAAGAAAAAGUCAUCAUGAAAAAUGUUGCUUUUCUAAAAAAAAAAAUUUUUUUAAUCUAUUUAUAUUAUUUUCAAAUUCCCUUUUUUUAGGCCAGAACUGGUCCCCAAUGUCUACCAACUCAAUCCCACCGAUGCUAUUGGCAAUCUGAACCAAGCUUUCGACAUUGCCGCCAACAAAUUGGAGAUUGCUCGCCUGCUCGAUGCCGAGGACAUCAAUGUGGCUCAUCCCGACGAGAAAUCGAUUGUGACGUAUGUCUCCCUGUACUACCAUCAUUUCGCCAAACAAAAGACGGAGAUGACGGGAGCCAGGCGAAUCCACAAAGUCGUGAAUGACCUGAUGACGCAAGAGAUCCUGGAGGAACAAUUCGAACAAGUCUCCUCGGACCUGUUGAUCUGGAUUCAGGAGACCAUUGACCGGCUGAAUGCUCGCGAUUUCCCCAACUCUUUGGCGGAGAUGCAAGAGGAAUUGGCCACGUUCAAUCACUACCGCAAUCGCGAGAAACCGCCGAAACUUCAGGAAAAGGGAGAGCUGGAAGUGAAAUUGUUCACAAUUCAGACGAAGAGAACCGCGAUGAAGAGGGAUCGAUACCAUCCACCGCAUGGUAAGGGGCUGUGAAAAUUGUUGUUGGUGCCUAAACUAUGAGAGAAAGAGCGCGCAGUUCAAAACGGAGUUUUUUUUUAGUUAUGGAGGGAGGCAUUUUGCCACAUUUUUUUAUACUUCCCAGAUACAAAAUUAUACGUUUUUUGCCACUGGAUCAGGUCCCUCACUGUAAUUUUAAGAACGGAUAUAGCGGAUGUAACAUAAUUUUUUUCAGGUCUCUCAAUCGAAGCGAUUGAACAAGCUUGGAUGCGUCUGGAAAAGGCCGAAAAUGAACGACAAGCCGCCUUAAUUGAAGAACUCCAACGUCAAGAGCGUCUGGAAGCCAACGCCAAAGUUUUCUAUCGAAAGGCGGAGAUGCGCGACAAAUGGUUGGCCGAAAUCUUCAAAGUCUUGAAUUCUCUGGAAGUUGGGAACACCGCGCCGCGUGUUGAGCAAGCCGGCCAGCUUCUGCAAGCAAUUCAGACCGAGUCCGACGCCAAAAUCGAAAGAUUCAAGGCGUUGAGCAAACUGUCCGACGAACUUCAACUGGCCGGAUACCACGGCGCAGACAAUAUCCGCCGCUGUGAACGAGAAAUCAGCGAUCGUUACGCGCUCUUCCAACAAAUGGUUCUGGAGAAGGGACGAGAGAUCCAACGACUUCGAGAUCUGACCUUUUUAAUCCGAGAUAUCGAGACAUUGCAAGGCGAGCUGACUCAGCUAGAGCCGGCGGCCCGGAAUCGAGACGUUGGCAAACAUUUAAUGGCAAUUGACGAUCUUCUCCAAAAGCAUGAACUUGUCAUCACAAAUCUGAAUGCCUCAAGUGAAUGGCUGAAGAAUGUCACCGUCCAAUCGCGUGAAUAUAUCCGCAGUCGCGGCGAACAAUUCGAUGUCCUCGAGGCGCGCUUAAGCGCCGUCACUCAGCACCACAACGAACUUGUAGAGCUGUGCGAAGCACGUCAACAACUUCUCUUCCGCGCCAAAGAGUACUUCCAGUUCAUUCAGAGCAUCGACGAUGAGAUUCAUUGGGUUGUGGAGAAGAUUCAUUUCACGCAGAAGGUCCCCCGAGAUUUGAACAACAUUGCUCAGUUGAACCGGCAAUUCCAGACGCUGAAAACCGACAUGGACUCGCACUGGAAGCGCUUUAAACAGCUGAACGACAAGUCGCGUCAAAUUCUUCAGACAACGCCGAUUAAAGACGACAGUCUUGGGAAGAUAAAGGUGCUGCAACAGCGAUGGGAAGACCUGCGAGAGGAAUGCGGACGAUUGGCGGAAUGGCUGGCCGAGGCCGAGCAAGUCUCUCAAUACUUCCAGGAGGUCAACGAUGCCGAGUCCUGGAUCAAGGAGAAGCUUCCAUUGGCUAAAUCCAACGACUUUGGUCGUGAUUUCUCGACCGCCUCUGUACUCGCGAAACGCCACGGAUACUUGGUAGAGGAGAUCCAGGGGUACCGCAGGGACAUCUUGAAACUCGACGAGAAGGCAUCAACUUUGGCCAACACCAAGUUCUUCACCGACGAAGUUCUUGACGGAGAAGAUGGAGAUGUCCGCGAAUCGGUCGUUCCAAGAGUCCAAGUCCUCUAUACCUACGAACCGGACCCAAAACAACGCGCUGGAAUCCCCGUUGAGAAGGGAGAUGUGCUGGCUUUGUUGGACAAGACCACUGAUGAUUGGUGGAGAGUCCUGAAACAAGACGGAGUCGAAGGAUAUGCCCCGGCAAAUCAUUGCAAAGUCCUGGACGGAGAGACAGUCACAGUAAGACAUCGCGUGGCCAAGUCUAAAGGUGCAAUCAUCCAACGGCAAGAGUCCAUCAACCAUGAAUACCGAAGGCUCCAGAAUUACGCUCAAACCAGAGCCCGACUUUUGGCGGAUGCCGUGAAAUUGUUCCGCUUUGGCAACGAAUGCGACGACUUUGAGAGAUGGGCGGCGGAAACUCAAGCCCUUUGCUUGGAGGAAACCCCAAUUGAACACAUUGUUGCAUUCCGCAAGAAAUUCGACAAACUUGAGAACGAUGUUCACAAUAAUGGGGGAACCCAGCUGAAACGAAUCAAUGAAAUGGCCGAUGAGUUGGUCGCUGAAGGACACUCAAAGUCAGACAACAUCAAGGCCAGACAGUCGAGGAUCAACCAAAUUUGGGCCGAUCUCCAGAAGCUCCUCAAGAAGCAGGCCGAAAACCUUGAAGCGGCCGAAAGACUGAACGAGUUCAAAGACAAGUGCGAUGACAUGAGGUCCUGGAUGGAGGAGAAGUUCGCAUUGUUGAACCGCAAGCCCGAGUCCAACGAUAUUCGAGCGUUGCAGGCGUUGCAACGGCAUUAUCAGAACUUGAAGAGGGAUUUGGUCCCACUAAAGGAGCGAAUGCAUGACUUGGAGAAGAAGGGAGACGACAUUAAGCGCCGCCAUCCCGAACACGCCAGAGAGACCGACCGAGUUCUGGCCGAAUUGAGAGCCAUGCACGCGGACUUGGAACGGCAAGCACGUCAGAAGAUUGACGAAGCCGAACAAAGUCAGGGCCAACAACUGUUUGACAAUGCCGCCAAGGACUUGAUCAACUGGGCCGUGAAGACCAAACAACAAAUGUUGGAAGAGCCGAUUGGUGGAGAGCCGGCUGAAGAUUUGGUGAAACGACACGACGAUCUGAGGGACAAGAUCAACGCCAAAGACUAUGAAUUUGGAUAUGUCGACGAGCUUGGGCACAACUUGCUGAGAAAGAACCCGGCUCUUCGAAACGUUCAUGAUACCCUUGAGAAGGUGCACAACGCCAGGCAGGACCUUGAAGAUGCGUGGAAACGAAGGGAAAACGAGUACAAGCAGCUGUUCGAUCUUCAAGUAUUCAACCGCGAAGCCGAGCGCAUUGAUGCGCUGAUGAGAGAACAUGAGAUCUACUUGGACACCAGUGGUCUGGGAGACUCGGUUGAGGGCGUCGAGAAGGAGCGGAAACGACAGGACGACUUCAAUCAAAAGCUCUAUGCCGAAGAAGGCCGAGUCCGCGAGUUUUGCGAGCGUGCGGACAAGUUGAUCGACAACAAUCAUGCUCAUUCCAAUUUCAUCGCGCGAAAACGCGACGAUAUCCUGGAGCGAAGGGCCCGACUGUAUGCUGCCGCCAAGCAGCGACAGGCCCGACUUGAAGACGCUCUCGUCUUCCAGAAUCUGAAGAUGAACGCUGACGAGUUGGCGAAUUGGAUUGCGGACAAGACCAAGAUCGCAAUGGACGACAGUUUCCGUCAUGAUCCGAACGCCUUGGACCGGAAGCUCACCAAACAUGACGCCUUCGUUGCGGAGCUCAAAUCGAACUACGCCGUUCUUCAAGACGUCACCAAAGAUGGAGAAGCGUUGAUUGCGCAACAACACUUUGAAUCCCCACAAAUCGAGGAGAUUCUCGGCCAUCUGAGCGAUGAGUGGAGUCAGUUGACCAGAUUGGUCGAUCAGAAAUCCCAUAAUCUGAAAGAAGCCGAUGAAAAGAAGCAUUUGGACCGAAUGAUUCGCGAUGCCCAUGGAAAGCUGGAUGAAAUUGAGAGUCAGCUCGCCUCCACCGAACAAAACGCCACCGGUUUGAGGGCGGUUCAGCAGCUGAUCAAGAAGAAAAACGAGAUUGAUCAGGAAAUCGUUUUGCUCGAGGGGAAAAUCAACGAAAUUUCGGAGACCGGCCACAAAAUGAUCAAACGCGGCCAUCAAGAUGCGCGCGAUAUUCAGCGGAAUAUCGACGCGUUGGUUAACCGCUUUAACUCCUUGCAAGAGCCCAUUGAACGGCGACAGCUGAUCCUUGAAGAGUCGCUGAAAUGGCGCCAACUCGCCUUCGACGCCGACGUUGAGCUGCAGUGGAUCCAGGAGAAGAACAAGAUGAUGGAAGCCGGACUUGUUGGGAGAACGUUGCACGAAGCUAUCAGCAUGUUGAAGAAACACGAUCAACUCGAUGCGGAGGUCUCGGCUCACAAACCGAUCGUCGAAGCAACCCUAGAAAAGGGCGAUGAAUUAAUUAGCCAAAAACACAUGAGCUCAAACUUGAUCAAGGAGAAGUGCUCGCAACUCGAUGCGGCGUGGCGUCAAUUGAUGAAUGGUGUCAAAAAUAGACGCAAACUCCUUGAAUGGUCUCACGCUAGGGAGCAAUACCUCGCUGAUGUGGCGGAAGUGGAGCUCUGGGUCGCCGAAAAACAAAACGUUGUGCUCUCGAGAACCGAGGAUGUGGACAUCAUUGGCGCUGAGCGUGCGCUAGGUUCGUUGAAGGCGCUGGCCAAAGACAUGACACCAUACCGACGCGAGCUGGACGAUUUAAGACGCAAAGCCAAGGAAUUGUCAGCUGAAGAGAACGCCAAAACCGAGCAGCCGGUGCAGCAACGCCAAGAGAAAGCCGAAGCCAUGUUCAACGAGUUGCAGAACUUGGUCGCCGAGAAGCAAAAGGAGAUGGAAGAUUUCAUCGCUCUCUGCCAUUAUAACCAAGAAAGUCAUGACUUCGAGCAAUGGAUCAACGACCAACUUCAAAUCGCCAUUGUCGAGGAUUACGGAAGAGAUUUCGAGCAACUACAAGACCUCAAGAGCAAGUUCAACGAGUUCACUCAGAACGUGAAGGUUGGGGGAGAACGUGCUGUUCUGUGCGAAAAUGCCGCCAGCGAUUUGCUGGCUCGCUUGCCCCCAAUGUCGCCCUUCUCCCGCGACAUCCUGAAGAGACAGGAGAAAUUGAGAGGCGCCUGGAAUCUGCUCUGGCAAUAUAUUGACUCAAAGUCCGAGCGACUCGAAGCCGCGGGCGAAAUUCACGAGUUUAAUCAGAAUGUUCAAGAUCUCUUGGAUCGAAUGGUCGAGAAACGAAUCACCUUGUCGACGGACUAUGGCAGAGACAAGACGCAGGUCUAUGACCUGAUUACUAAACAUGAAGUAGUCAGAAAUGAAGUGGAGCAGUUCCAUGAGCAACUCCAGAACCUGCUUGAACGCGGCGCCGAUUUGCGCCAAAAACAUUCGGGUCCAAAUGCCGACCACAUUAACGAGCAAAUGAACAAGUUGACUGAAGAAUUUGGACAACUCACGGACGCUGUAAAUCACCGCAAGAUCAAGCUGAUGGCCGCCUAUGACUUCCAGAAAUUCAAUGCUAUCUGCAGAGACUUCGUCAACUGGACGGAUACCGUGAACGCUGAGAUGCAGAAUGAGCAAGCAAUUCCCGACCUGCAAUCCGCCCAAUGGUACAAGAAGGAGCAUCAACGCCUCCGAGCCGAGAUCGACGCCCGCGAAGAGGAGAUCCAACGCAUUCAGCAGUUUGCUGAACAGAUGAUCGCCCAAGGGCAUUAUGCCUCCAAGAACAUCAAGGGAAGAUUGGAGGAGGUCCUGGCUGCCUACGAAGCCGUUCGAACCGAAUGGGCCAUGCGAUACGACUGGAUCAUUCAAGCCGAACUCUCCCGUGGAUUUACCCGCGAUGCAAACCAAGUAAUCGACUCAAUCCGAAGCAAAAUGGAGAUCCUCAGACAGCCAAGAGUUAUGACAUCGGUGGAAGCCGUCGAGAGUCAAAUGAAACAUUUUGUCACCUUCACCAAGGCCAAGCAACAGAUUGACGAGCGCGUGGAGCAGUUGGACACCCUGGCCAAGCAAUUUGUCGCCGAAGAUCACAUCGACAAAGUGUCCAUCCAACAGAUUAACCACUCCGUUCAAGAAGCGUUGUCUCAUUUGGGAGAUCAAAUGGAUAUUGUGCGAAGGGAGUUGGAAGAUGCGCUGAAGCUUGCUAAAUUCGACAGUAAUGUCAUGGAACUCGGAAGCUGGGUGGAAGAAAAGCUGAACCACAUCAAACUUCAAACCGAAGCCGAGUUCCGUCAAAACUCGUUGGAGGAGAAGCUGCAACAUCUGAAACACCAUCAAGCGUUGGAGAUUCAGCUCUCAACAAACGAACCGCGAAUCGUCAAAGUCGCCGACGAGUUGGCCCAUUUCCAGAAGACUCCAAACUCAUUGCCAGAAGGGGUAAUCCAACGAGCCGUCACUUUGUUGAGACGUUGGGAUGAGUUGAAACAACGAUCCAGACAUUUGAACGCAGCCCUGCAAGAGGCCAGAGAACUGUUUGAAUUUUACCAAAACGUCGAAAGAGUUCUGAGCUGGAUUAGAGAGAAGCAGCUUCUUAUUCAAGCGGAGGACACGGGAAGAGAUUACGAACAUUGCGAGCAGCUUUUGGAAAGGCUGAUCGGACGUCAGGCCGAUCAAAGUGUCGAUGAAGCCACUCUGCAACAAAUCAACCGUCUUGGAGCCAACAUCAUUGCUGCUGGAUCGGAGAAUCGUGCCGAAAUCCAAGGCAGCUUGGACGAGGUGAAUGCGGCCUGGAAGAAUCUGCAAGGAGGAGUGAAGAAGUAUCGCAACACUCUUCAAGCCGCUUUGGAAGUCCACAAGUUCAACUCUGAUACCGCCGAGACCAACGAUCGAAUCCAUGAGAAGGCCAGGUAUCUGCAGAACGGCGAGAAUCCGAGGGAUCUCCGCGAGGUGGAGGAUCGUCUGAGGAAGCAGGACGCUGUGGAACGAGAUAUGACCGCGAUCCUGAACAAACUCAACGAGCAUGACGAAGAGGCCAAGAAGUUGUUGAGCAAAGAGCCGCCACUAAUCGACACCAUCAUUCAGUCGUUGGAGACGCUGCAAACCAGCUGGCAAGAUCUCGCGAAUCUUGCUGAAGCCCGUCGGCAGAAACUCGAGCAGUCCGCCUUUGUCCAUAAAUAUUUUGACUCAGUAAAACGAAUGGAACAGUGGGCUCAUCAGCUCCUUUCCAAGAUGAGCUCAUAUGUGCGACCAAGGAAUGUGGCCGACGCUACAGCACUAAUCGCAGCUCACAACGAAAAAUUGGUGGAAAUUGAGAAGCGUCAAAGCGAUUUGGGAGCCCUAAGGAGGCUUGGAGAAAAAAUUACAGCCGACCAGCCGGAUCAAAAAGCCGAGAUUCAACGAACUAACCGACGACUUCAACCCAUUGAACAUGAGAUUCGACAGUCUUGGGAGAGGCAGAGCGACGCUCUUCAGAAAGCCUUGGAACUGCAAACGAUUCACUCCCAAAUCACCCAAACUGAAAGUUGGCUGAGUGGAAAAGAAGCAUUCGUCAACGACUACGACCUUGGCGAUUCGGUGGACACGGUGGACAUGCUCAUCCGAAAGCACGACAACUUUGAGAAGACGCUGUACGCUCAGGCCGACAAGAUUGAGAAUCUCAAAGCCGGAGUGAAAAUCUUUGACGAGUGCACCGAGCCCGAUGUCGACAAGAUCCGUCAGAAAUACGAUGCUGUCUUGGAGCGACACGAGCGUCUUCUGGAAUCUUGCCAAAUCAAGCGAUUGAAGCUGGAGGAUUCGCUCAAGCUGCACGAUUUUGUUAGAUCGUGCGCUGAGUUGAUCACCUGGAUCAACGCAAAACUUCAACUCGCCUAUGACGACAGUUAUGUCGAUCCGACCAACUUGAGGAGCAAGUUGCAGAGACAUCAGGCCUUUGAUGCGGAGCUUCAACAGAGCGACGAUAGGGUCGAUGCGAUCCGCAGAGAAGGCGAGAAACUGAUCAGUGAAGCGCACUACGAAAGCGAUCGGGUUGAGGCUCAACUGAAUGAAGUUAUGAAUGGAUGGAAGGAGUUGAAAACGUAGGUUGAUCAAGUGAAAUGCUUGAACUGAAAUUUUAGUGUGUCCGCUGAGAAGAUGGUCCGUCUUCAAGAGUCUUACGCUGCCUAUCAAUUGGUCCGCAAAGUGAAUUAUAUCGACAAAUGGUUGGACCAGGUCGAGCGAGAACUUGGAACGGACGACCAUGGCUCGGAUGUUCAAUCCGCGGAGAAUCUGAUCAAAAGACAUUCCCAGCUUUGCACUGAAAUCACCGCCAAGGAGCCGUUGGUCUUGGAGACGGUCGAGAAGGCCAACAAAUUGAGGAAUAUCGUAGGUUUUGGAACUCUUCGUCCCGAUACUUGUGCUUUCAAAGCCGUAAACAUAUUUUUUCAGCAAAAAGACGACAUUAUGUCGCUUCUUCAGCAUGCCGAAGCCGUCCUCAACCGCUACAACGACCUCAAAGACCCGUGCAAGAAUCGGGCUGAGAAUCUGGGCGAAGCGUUGCGUUUCUUCCAAUGGUCCGCCGAAUCGGACGAGGAAUUGGUGUGGCUGGCGGACAAACUUCCCCAACUCCGCUCCAAGAACUACGGCAACUCGCUGAGAGAGGCGCAGUCCUUGAACAAGAAGCACGAGAUUCUGCAACAAGAAAUCGAAACACAUCAAUCCGCAAUUUCAUCGCUGGAACAGAGAGGCGGCGAAAUGUUCCAGAGCGACCAUUUCAACAAGACCGAUAUCCGCGACAAGAUGACCGAGCUGGUGGAUCAGUUCGAGUUGCUGCUGAAUCUCAACGCCGAAAGGACGACUCGUCUUGCCGAGUCGCUGAAAUCGCAGCAAUAUUAUGCCGAGUUAAGUGAGGCAGAGCAAUGGUGCAGAGAGCGGCUUCCACUGGUCGACAACGAAGACACCGGUGCCAAUCAGAGCGCCGCCGACGCCCACUUGAGACGAAUCCAAGCCCUGGAAGCAGAGAUCCGCAAAUUCACCGACGAAGUCCAACGACUUCGGGAUGUGAGCGACGAAUUGGUCCGCUCCAAUCAUUUCGAUGCCACGCAACUUACAGCGCGUCAAGUGAACCUGGAGAAACACUUUGAGGACCUGCAGAACAAGUGGAUCCGUCGACGAACCAAGUUGAUGGACGCGUCCGCCUUCUACAAAUUCAUGAGACAAGUCAACGAACUGACCACUUUGCUGUUGGAAAAAGAGCACUUGGCGUUGUCCAAUCAGCACGGACAGAAUUUGGACGAAGGAAAGGAGUUGAUCGAUGAAUUCGAGUUGACUUUGAGGGAGUUGUCGGCCUACGGCGAGAAGCUCCAUGCAAUCAAGAACUAUGUAAAGCAAGAGCAACUUCUACGGCCGGGACAUGUCUACGAGACCUCGAUUCAAACCACUAUGCAAGAUCUUCAAGACCUAUGGAAUCGCGUCAACACUCUCGCUAACGAAAGAGAACGCGCGCUGCAUGAUGGUCAACGUGUCCAUUUGUUCGCUCAAGAUGCUGAGGAGAUGCUGAUCAGACUCGAAGAGAAAGAAGCACAUAUUGUGUUGAGAGAGCAGGAGGAUGGUCUCGCUGAUGUUGGCUUGGCUACAGUUAAAUCGCUCGCACAACAACAUGAAGAAUUCCUCAAGUCCAUGGCUAUCAUCGAACGCCAAGUCAUGGAGCUGAGAGAACGCGCCGAACUCCUGUGCGAGGAAUUCCCAGACGCUAGAGGCCGGGUGGAAAGCUACAGCGAAGACUUGGAACUCCAGCUCAAGGAUAUUCAGCAGGCCGCGUUGAAUUAUUCCGAGAGAAUUCGUCAGGCCAAGAACAAACAAGCCUACUUCCAGGAAUGGAGAGAUCUGAUCUCGUGGGCCCAACUCAUGAGGACCAAGAUUCUUGGGGAGGCUUUGCCACGAGACCUUCAAGGAUGUCAAGCCCUUGAUGUGAGACAUGGAGAGUAUCACGCGGAGAUUAAACAACGAGAACCGCAGAAGCAGGUGUUCGUCGCGGAAGGCCGAAAAAUGAUUCAAGGUGGGAACGCGCUGAGCCAGGAGAUCAACCAUCGUGUUGAGCAGCUGGAAGAUGGCUUCAGACUUCUCUACGAGUACUGGCAUUCUCGUCAACGCAUCUACGAAGAGAAUCAGGAUGCCAUCAAAUGGCUCCACAACGCUUCGAUGCUCGAGAAAUGGCUAGCUGAACGUGAGACGCUGCUCACCGAGGACUGGCGACAAGCCGAGUCCGUGGAACAAGUGGAAGAGAUGAUUCGCCAAUACGAAGACUUCUGGGCCACAUUGGAAGCGCAGAGCCCGCAGUUCGAAGCGCUGACAAGAAUGACCAAAGUCGAAGAGAAUUGGGCCAGAUUGCGGGCGACGGAAAGCAGUCAGAUGUUUGCUUCUACCUCAUCUUCGGUGAAUCGAAGAGAAAGCAGUUUGGGAGAAAAUAGAAGAGAUACCCAGUCGAUUAAGACGGUGGAGAAGAAGAAGAUCUUACAAGAAAAGAGACAGGAGCGAGAACGAAGGAAGACUCAGGAGAUCACGCUGCUCAAGAGAAGCCCAUCCCAGGUAUGUUUUUGAGACACUCUGACUUUUAAUUUCAAAUGUAAAAUACGCCGUAGGUUUCUAGUAUUUCCAAUAUUAAGCUCAAAAUUCUUGUGGUGUACUGUAAUUAAUAACAAGCCUACGUUUUCCGCCCCACUCUAAUUUAAUCCGUCUAAUUAGGGAGCCAAGGAAAGGCGCAAAAAAACUUGCUUUUUCAAAAUCCUUUCCCAGAAUUUUAUAAUAACCCGGAAGCCUAAUUGCGUCGGCAUUUACGGCCUUCAGUAGUGAUGUUGCAGUGGGAAGAAGCUCCUGACAUCAAAGCAAAACAUGGCUAGACAAUUAAGAUUUCUUAUGUCUUGUGAAUCAGUUUGAUUUACCAUUUGAUGUCCUUCGUAUCCUCAUACAAAGUUGACGCUAAUGUGGUUCAAAAAGUCAUAUUGACCUUAUGAUUCCUCCCCGUUAAUGUUCAUUCAUAUUUUCGAUGAUUCAUUUUUUCAGAACUUCAAAUCUUUCUCUACAAUUUUGUUAGUUCUUUUCUUAGCCCUAGUUGAAUCACGUGCUGUUUUUUGGUCGUUCGUGUCGGCUUCCGCCGGCCCUAAUCUAAUUCCCCUUCGUCUCCUUUUCUCGAACACGGUAAAUAGUUGCUUUGCCAGGUUCUGUAAGCUCCAAAAUUACACGUCCUACAAGCAUACGAUCCUUGGCCCUUGCGCAACACUUUGUAACCCAAAUUACUCCCAAUUACAGCUUGCAAAUCGCCGCGCUUCAUUCAUUCCCUCACUCCAUCACAUGUCUUUCGUUUCGGCCAUUUACGUGUAAAAUCUCGCGGCAAUUUUCGCGGCCGAAAAUAGAAUUUCAACGCCGUUUACACGCCUAUUUGGUCAAAUUAAUUGCCGCGAAGAAAGGCCAUCCGCACUUGGUUGGCGGCCCCGAGAACCUCGGCUCUCGUGUUUUUCCCCCCAGUGAUUUCCAUUUGUUUUUACGAGCCCCGGAGGCGCUGUUUUUCGCUCGCACAGGCAUUGUUGCCAUUUUUAGGAGCUAGGGAGUUGCCGAAAUUGGAUUUAGAGCUCGAAUCAUUGUUGCGGGGGAGGGCUGGUUUUAUCAUCGGGGGUUCAAAGGCGGUUGUAAUGGCAGUUUUCGGAAAGUCAUCGGACUGAAAUCGGCAACACGCACUUUGCGAAAACAAAGGUUUUCUUUGCACUGUGCAAUUUUUUACUAGGCUUUUUUUCAUUAGGCUUUUUUUCGGCUGUCGCUCGUACCCUGACUUUUUUCGCACAGUGCAAACGCAACAAACCAGAAAUCAGACUCGCCGGAAAGACCAGUAAUAGAGCUACUGGCACUGUAAACUUGAUUUUUACUCGAAUUUUUGUAGGAACUUCUAAUUACUCCCAUUUUCUUGGGGUUUUAAUGUAAGUACGGAAUAAGAUCUUAAUCAGCGUUCUAUAAAGACUUCUUGAUCUAGUUCAUACAGAGACGUUUUGAUCUAUAUACGAUAUGUCCGUGCAAACUGAUAAAAAUUUCCAAAUAUUUUGGAACUAUUAAUAGAACUUGCGUCAAAACUGAUCACUUUUUUUUCUUUUGAUGACGUCACCUAUAAAUGAAACCAUUUCUAAAAUCAAAAUUUUUCCUUUUAGUGAUAACUGCAGUAUCAGUAAUAUCAAGAAAUUGUAGUUAAAAACACACACCUGAUUUCUUCAAAAAACGAUCUACAAUCCCCCUAUGCCCUUUUGAUUGCACCCUCAAAAGCAACGCACAUAAAAAGAAUGUUAUGAGCCAUAAUAUUUUUAUCUAUUUGUAUUUCAACUUUCUUGAUAGGUGUUAAAUUUUGCGGGCUUUUCGCACAUGACGUCCGGACCCCGAUCAUGGCGUAUUUUCUAUCUAAUUUUGAGUAUUUUACAACCCACCACCCAGCGUUUUAUAGAUGUUUUUCGGGGAGGCGAUAUAAAAUGUUUACUCUUUUUGCGGGCUGUAUAAUUUUAGAUGUUUUUUGAGCAACUUUUAUGGAUUAUUUUCAGUAGAGGAUUUUUUUUAUUUCAAAUUGUCAUCAUCAAAAAAUUUAUCGUCAAAAUUUUGAAAAAUGCAAUUUUGAAGCUCAUUCAAAAUCGUUUUAUUUUCAGGAAAACACAUCUUUUGCCACCCCUAACAUCGCAUCCGCCACCCUUCCGAGAUCUCGAGGAAACCGCGCCUCGGAUCCGAUCGAAUCCAUCGGCAUUGAGACGCUGUCCAUCUCGCAGCAAGAGCUGCGUCAUCAGCCGGGCCAGGACCUGCACGUGCAAACCGCGGCCGCCGGCCAAGACCAGUACGGCCCGUUGUCGGCGGGCUCCAGUGGCUACACCAACUCGAACACCGGCACCCUCACCUCGCGACGCACCGGCUUCCACACGCGCCGCACGCAGAGCAUCAAGAAUAUGCGCCAAUGGGCGGACCUCAAGUCCAUCGACAUGAACGGCUACAUCGAUCGGAAGGAGAGGCUGCAGAGCGGCGGGAAGAAGCCGACCUUCAGGACGUGGAGGAACUUCUACACGAUCCUCUGCGGCCACAUGCUGUGCUUCUUCAAGGACGAGGACUCGUUGUUCGACAACAAGGCCUUGGCUAGUGUCAGCAUCCGCGACGCGCAUUGCGCCGUCUAUCCGGAGUACCUGAAGAGGAAACACACUUUCAAGUAAGUUUUUUUUAUCCAAGAGAUACCUUCUAUCGUUUUGGAACUGGGACGAUUGGGGAAACCAAAAAAUAUUAUUUUUCUUUGAUGCAAAUGUCUGUCGAAAUUAAGAUAGUCGACGGUGCUGAUUUCGAAAAUCAUGUGAACUUUUCCUCUAGCACUAUAUAGUACUCUCUGGUAUUAUGUAGUACGAGGUGAAAAUAUGGCUUUUCACGUUUUUGGUGUUGUUUUGAUGCUUAGUACUCUUCAAAAAAAACUUUUUUAAAGACGUGGUGCUAUUUAGUACUACCUGAUACUAUAUAGUACGAGGUGAAAAUAACAGUACUCGCCACGAGAACAACACCACUAACGCUUAAAGGCAAAAUUUUCACCUCGUAAUACAUGGUACCAGAUAGUACUAUAUAGUACUAGAGGAGAAGUUCACAUGAUUUUCGAAAUCACCACCAUCGAAAACCGCUAAAUCGAGUAUUUUAAAAAGUACUACUUUACAGUACUAAUUACGGAAAAAAGUAACAGUCAAAAAAUGAAUGUCAUUUUCGAAAUCAGCACCAUCGAUUAUCCUAAUUUCGACAUUUGCAUCGAAGAAAAAUAACACUUUUCGGUUUGCCCAAUCAUCCAACUCCGAUCAUUUUGCGUUCUCUUACGCUAAUUUCUCUCAUUUUUCAGACUCAACACCGUCGACGGAGCGGAGUACUUGUUCUCCUGCGACAGUUACAAGAGCAUGGUGGAGUGGGUGGACAAGAUCAACUUCCGAGCACAACUCGAUCCUCAAAACCAACUGAAAACCUAUUCGCACGGAAACUCUCCAUGA